GAGGAGUCUGGGCGCCCUGCGCGGCUCUCUUCCGUGUGUGGCUCAGAGGACCACCCAGUGCAGCCCUGCCUGGCUGUGGUGAGGUCGCAUCCCAUCUGCUCUUCCAGCCUGUCUCCAGGGUCUGAUUCCCACGGCUGCUGUUGUCCGCUGUCCUCCUGCGGGUGUGACUCUCAGCCAACACCAUGAGUAGCGACACCGAAAUGGAAGUGUUUGGCAUCGCCGCUCCCUUCCUCCGGAAGUCGGAAAAGGAGAGGAUCGAGGCUCAGAACCAGCCCUUUGAUGCCAAGACCUACUGCUUCGUCGUUGACUCUAAGGAAGAGUAUGCCAAGGGGAGAAUUAAGAGCACCCAGGAUGGGAAGGUCACGGUGGAAACUGAAGACAACAGGACGCUGGUGGUGAAGCCAGAGGACGUGUACGCGAUGAACCCCCCCAAGUUCGACCGGAUCGAGGACAUGGCCAUGCUGACGCACCUGAACGAGCCGGCCGUGCUGUACAACCUCAAGGACCGCUACACCUCCUGGAUGAUCUACACCUACUCAGGCCUUUUCUGUGUCACCGUCAACCCCUACAAGUGGCUGCCGGUGUACAACCCCGAGGUGGUGGAGGGCUACCGGGGCAAGAAGCGCCAGGAGGCCCCGCCCCACAUCUUCUCCAUCUCUGACAACGCCUAUCAGUUCAUGCUCACAGAUCGUGAAAACCAGUCUAUUCUGAUCACUGGAGAAUCCGGGGCAGGAAAGACUGUGAACACCAAAAGGGUCAUCCAGUACUUUGCAACAAUUGCAGCAACUGGAGACCUCGCCAAGAAGAAGGACUCCAAGAUGAGGGGCACGCUGGAAGACCAGAUCAUCAGCGCCAACCCGCUGCUGGAGGCCUUUGGGAACGCCAAGACUGUGAGGAACGACAACUCGUCCCGCUUUGGCAAGUUCAUCCGCAUCCAUUUUGGUACCACGGGGAAGCUGGCCUCUGCAGAUAUUGAAACAUAUCUGCUGGAAAAAUCAAGAGUGACCUUCCAGCUGAAGGCUGAGAGAAGCUACCACAUCUUCUACCAGAUUCUUUCCAAUAAGAAGCCCGAGCUCAUAGAGCUGCUGCUCAUCACAACCAACCCUUACGACUACCCCUUCAUCAGCCAGGGUGAGAUCCUGGUGGCGAGCAUUGAUGACGCCGAGGAGCUGCUGGCCACGGAUAGCGCCAUUGACAUCCUGGGCUUCACCCCCGAGGAGAAGUCUGGGCUCUACAAGCUGACAGGCGCCGUGAUGCACUACGGGAACAUGAAGUUCAAACAGAAGCAGCGGGAGGAGCAGGCAGAGCCGGAUGGCACGGAAGUGGCUGACAAGACAGCCUAUCUGAUGGGCCUGAACUCUUCGGACCUCCUGAAAGCUUUAUGCUUCCCCAGAGUCAAAGUUGGGAAUGAGUAUGUUACCAAGGGCCAGACCGUGGAUCAGGUGCACCACGCUGUGAACGCCCUCUCCAAAUCCGUCUACGAGAAGUUGUUCCUGUGGAUGGUCACCCGCAUCAACCAGCAGCUGGACACCAAGCUGCCGAGGCAGCACUUCAUUGGCGUCCUGGACAUUGCAGGCUUUGAGAUCUUCGAGUAUAACAGCCUGGAGCAGCUGUGCAUCAACUUCACCAAUGAGAAACUGCAACAGUUCUUCAACCACCACAUGUUUGUGCUGGAGCAGGAGGAAUACAAAAAGGAAGGCAUUGAGUGGACAUUCAUCGACUUCGGGAUGGACCUGGCUGCCUGCAUCGAGCUCAUUGAGAAGCCUAUGGGCAUCUUCUCCAUCCUGGAAGAGGAGUGCAUGUUCCCCAAGGCCACGGACACCUCCUUCAAGAACAAGCUGUAUGACCAGCACCUGGGCAAGUCUGCCAACUUCCAGAAGCCCAAGGUGGUCAAGGGCAGAGCCGAGGCCCACUUCUCCCUGAUCCACUAUGCGGGCACCGUAGACUACAGUGUCUCGGGCUGGCUGGAGAAGAACAAGGACCCUCUGAACGAGACGGUGGUUGGACUGUACCAGAAGUCCUCCAACAGGCUCCUGGCGCACCUCUACGCCACCUUCACCACCGCAGACGCUGACAGUGGAAAGAAGAAAGUUGCCAAGAAAAAGGGUUCUUCCUUCCAAACCGUCUCUGCCCUUUUCAGGGAAAACCUGAACAAGUUGAUGUCAAAUUUAAGAACAACGCACCCUCACUUUGUGCGCUGUAUAAUUCCCAACGAGACCAAAACCCCAGGCGCCAUGGAGCACAGCCUGGUCCUGCACCAGCUGAGGUGUAACGGCGUGCUGGAGGGCAUCCGCAUCUGCAGGAAAGGCUUCCCCAACAGGAUCCUCUAUGGGGACUUCAAACAGAGAUACCGAGUGCUGAAUGCCAGUGCCAUCCCCGAGGGGCAGUUCAUCGACAGCAAGAAGGCGUGUGAAAAGCUGCUGGCAUCCAUUGACAUCGACCACACUCAGUACAAGUUUGGACACACCAAGGUGUUCUUCAAGGCCGGCUUGCUGGGAACCCUGGAGGAAAUGCGGGAUGACCGCCUGGCCAAGCUGAUCACCCGGACGCAGGCCGUGUGCAGAGGGUUCCUCAUGCGCGUGGAAUUCCAGAAGAUGGUGCAGAGAAGGGAGUCCAUCUUCUGCAUCCAGUACAACAUCCGAGCCUUCAUGAAUGUCAAGCACUGGCCCUGGAUGAAACUCUUUUUCAAAAUCAAGCCCCUUCUCAAGAGUGCAGAGACAGAGAAGGAGAUGGCCACCAUGAAGGAAGAGUUCCAGAAAACCAAGGAUGAACUGGCCAAGUCAGAGGCAAAAAGGAAGGAACUGGAGGAAAAACUGGUGACUCUAGUACAAGAGAAGAAUGACCUGCAGCUGCAAGUACAAGCUGAAAGUGAAAACUUGUUGGAUGCAGAGGAAAGAUGUGAUCAGCUGAUCAAGGCCAAGUUCCAGCUGGAGGCUAAGAUCAAGGAGGUGACAGAGAGAGCUGAGGAUGAGGAAGAGAUGAAUGCUGAGCUGACGGCCAAGAAGAGGAAACUGGAGGACGAAUGUUCGGAACUGAAGAAAGACAUAGAUGACCUUGAGCUGACACUGGCCAAGGUUGAGAAGGAGAAACACGCCACAGAGAAUAAGGUUAAAAACCUCACUGAAGAACUCGCCGGGUUGGAUGAAACCAUUGCAAAGUUAACCAGAGAGAAGAAGGCCCUCCAGGAGGCCCACCAGCAGACCCUGGAUGACCUGCAAGCGGAAGAGGACAAAGUCAAUUCUUUAAGCAAAAUCAAGAGCAAACUGGAACAGCAGGUGGAUGAUGUGAGUGAAGGAUGCCAAUUGGGAGGCCUGGGUUCAGGGCAGGAAGAGCCCCUGGGACACUCAUGGUGCAAAGCAUUUGUUCUUAAAAGGAGACGGUGCCUUUUGCAGCUGGAAAGCUCCCUGGAACAAGAGAAGAAGCUCCGUGUAGACCUGGAAAGGAACAAAAGGAAGCUGGAGGGAGACCUGAAGCUCGCCCAGGAGUCCAUCCUGGAUCUGGAGAACGACAAGCAACAGCUGGAUGAGCGGCUCAAGAAGAAAGAUUUUGAGUACUGUCAGCUGCAAAGCAAAGUGGAAGAUGAGCAGACUCUGGGCCUGCAGUUUCAGAAGAAAAUCAAAGAGCUUCAGGCCCGGAUCGAGGAGCUGGAAGAAGAGAUCGAGGCCGAGAGGGCGACCCGCGCCAAAACGGAGAAGCAGCGCAGUGACUACGCCCGGGAGCUGGAGGAGCUGAGCGAGCGGCUGGAGGAGGCGGGGGGCGUCACGUCCACCCAGAUCGAGCUGAACAAGAAGCGCGAGGCUGAGUUCUUGAAGCUGCGCCGGGACCUGGAGGAGGCCACGCUGCAGCAUGAGGCCACAGCGGCCGCUCUUCGCAAGAAGCACGCGGACAGUGUGGCCGAGCUGGGGGAGCAGAUCGACAACCUGCAGAGGGUCAAGCAGAAGCUGGAGAAGGAGAAGAGUGAGCUGAAGAUGGAGCUCGACGACCUGGGCAGCAACGUGGAGAGCGUGUCCAAGUCUAAGGCGAAUCUGGAGAAGAUCUGCCGCACCCUGGAGGACCAGUUAAGCGAGGCCCGGGGCAAGAACGAGGAGAUUCAGAGGAACCUGAGUGAGCUGAGCACCCAGAAGUCCCGGCUGCAGACGGAGGCUGGUGAGCUGAGUCGUCAGUUGGAGGAAAAGGAGAGUACAGUAUCGCAACUUUCCAGAAGCAAGCAAGCAUUUACCCAGCAAAUAGAAGAGCUCAAGAGGCAGUUGGAGGAAGAGAGCAAGGCCAAGAACGCCCUGGCCCACGCCCUGCAGUCCUCCCGCCACGACUGUGACCUGCUGCGGGAACAGUACGAGGAGGAGCAGGAAUCCAAGGCCGAGCUGCAGAGGGCGCUGUCCAAGGCCAACAGCGAGGUGGCCCAGUGGAGGACCAAGUACGAGACGGACGCCAUCCAGCGCACGGAGGAGCUGGAGGAGGCCAAGAAAAAGCUGGCUCAGCGCCUUCAGGAUUCCGAGGAGCAGGUGGAGGCAGUGAACGCGAAGUGCGCGUCCUUGGAGAAGACCAAGCAGAGGCUGCAAGCGGAGGUGGAGGACCUGAUGGUCGACGUGGACAGAGCUAACUCCCUGGCUGCCGCCCUGGACAAGAAGCAGAGGAACUUCGACAAGGUGCUCGCUGAGUGGAAAACCAAGUGUGAGGAGAGCCAGGUGGAGCUGGAGGCAUCUCUGAAGGAGUCCCGCUCCUUGAGCACCGAGCUUUUCAAACUGAAAAAUGCCUACGAAGAAGCCUUAGAUCAACUUGAAACUGUGAAACGAGAAAAUAAGAAUUUAGAGCAGGAGAUAGCAGAUCUCACCGAGCAAAUUGCUGAAAGUGGUAAAACCAUCCAUGAACUGGAGAAAUCAAGGAAACAGAUCGAGCUGGAAAAGGCUGAUAUCCAGCUGGCUCUGGAGGAAGCAGAGGCCGCCCUUGAGCACGAAGAGGCCAAGAUCCUCCGAAUCCAGCUGGAACUGACACAAGUGAAAUCAGAAAUCGAUAGAAAGAUGGCCGAAAAAGAUGAAGAGAUCGAGCAGCUGAAGAGGAACUACCAGAGGACCGUAGAGACGAUGCAGAGCGCCCUGGACGCCGAGGUACGGAGCCGGAACGAGGCCAUCAGGAUCAAGAAGAAGAUGGAGGGGGACCUGAACGAAAUCGAGAUCCAGCUGAGCCAUGCCAACCGCCAGGCCGCAGAGACCCUCAGACACCUCCGGAGUGUCCAGGGGCAGCUGAAGGAUACCCAGCUCCACCUGGAUGACGCUCUCCGUGGCCAGGAGGACCUGAAGGAGCAGCUGGCGAUCGUGGAGCGCAGAGCCAACCUGCUGCAGGCCGAGGUGGAGGAGCUACGGGCCACCCUGGAGCAGACGGAGAGGAGCAGGAAGAUCGCAGAGCAGGAGCUCCUGGAUGCCAACGAGAGGGUGCAGCUCCUGCACACCCAGAACACCAGCCUCAUCCACACCAAGAAGAAGCUGGAGACGGACCUCACGCAGCUCCAGAGCGAGGUUGAGGAUGCCAGCAGGGACGCGAGGAAUGCUGAAGAGAAAGCGAAGAAGGCCAUCACGGACGCGGCCAUGAUGGCCGAGGAGCUGAAGAAGGAGCAGGACACCAGCGCCCACCUGGAGCGGAUGAAGAAGAACCUGGAGCAGACGGUGAAGGACCUGCAGCACCGCCUGGAUGAGGCUGAGCAGCUGGCCCUGAAGGGCGGGAAGAAGCAGAUCCAGAAGCUGGAGACACGGAUCCGAGAGCUGGAGGCCGAGCUUGAAGGGGAGCAGAAGAAGAACACUGAGUCUGUCAAGGGCCUGAGGAAGUACGAGCGGCGGGUCAAGGAGUUAACUUACCAGGCACGUGGAAGGAAACCCCAGGGGCAUUUCCUCUGUAAGGGGGAACCCCACCCUGGGUCCUCUCCAGAAGACAGGGAGAAACCCUUUAGCCCAGGCACUGGGACUUUGUGCAGCCCUGUCCCCUCCUGGCGACCUGCCAUCCCAUGUUCUCUCUUGAAGAGUGAAGAGGACAGGAAGAAUGUGCUGAGACUACAGGAUCUGGUGGACAAACUUCAAGUGAAGGUCAAGUCCUACAAGAGGCAGGCGGAGGAGGCUGAUGAACAAGCCAACGCUCAUCUCACCAAGUUCAGAAAAGCUCAGCAUGAGCUGGAGGAAGCUGAAGAACGGGCCGAUAUUGCCGAAUCUCAAGUCAAUAAGCUGCGCGCGAAGACCCGAGACUUCUCCUCCAGCCGGGUAGGUGGUCCUGAGGCGCUGGGUGGGCAGAGCGAAGAGGGGAGGUGUGGCUCCCAGGGAGGAAGCCUCCCGAGAUGAAGACAUUUUUGAGAUGGACAGGACGCUGGAGCACCCUCGUUUAGAAUUGGUCCAUCUGGGGUUUACUUAGAGCCACACAGCUGAGAAGAGCCCGGCUAAACCCAGGUCGGUGAGUCCCAAUAAAACACUGUCCCGGAGAGCAAGGAGCGGUCGCUCCGUGGGAACGGGGCUCUCGGGCGCCCUCUGCCGCCAGCCUCCGUCACCGCACUCACAGCGUGUAGGUCCCUAAGUGAAAGUCGCUCAGUCU